CCCCCCAUGGAGCUGUUCUGUGCCCAUGCUAUUGGCUCACCCCUCUCUGCCCUUCCCCCAGCAGUGGAGUCUCCUACAUGGCCCCUCCUUGAGGAGCCUCUGCCCCCAGGGGGCCUGUCUCACCUGGGGGGGGCAGGACACGUGGGAGACGCAGAGGAGCCGGAGCCGGAGGCGGGGCCGUGCCCCCGGGCGUGGUGCAGCCGGGGCCGCUGGGAGGGGUCCGUGGGGGCAGGCCCGAGCCGGGCGGGGCGCUGAGUGCAGCGGGUCACCACGCUGGGAACCGGGGCCGUGCUCCGGGCCAAGCCCUCCCCUGGAGACUGCGACGGGGAGGUGCCGCCGGGCGCUGACCUCACAAAGCGCCCGGGGAGCGCGCGGCGUCCGGAGCCGAGGGCUCCAGGCGGCGGCAGCGCACCCAUGGGCUGCAUGCACUCCGGCCGCCGGGCCCGCGCCGAGGGGUCGGACGGAGCAGAGGGGCCCAGCGACACUGCAGACAGCAAGCUCAGGCCUAGGCGCAAGCAGCAGCUGCGGAUCGCGGACCCAACCCCAGAGGUGCAUUCAUCUGAGAGCCUCAAGAUCCGGGUCAUCUGGAGACGUGUCUCCAUCUUUGGUAGCCGGCGUGAUUCCAUAAGGAGCACCAAGAGCACUACCUCUGCCACCACGCUGCCUGGGGCCAGCGAUUCUGGCCCAGAGAGCCGUCCCGAGGCCGCCAAGGCCGAGGCCGCUGGGGAAAAGCUUCCAUCCUAGACGGCUGCCCGGCUGCUAGCAGAGAGGGGGAAUAAACAUAACUUUUACAGCUGCUUCUGUGCUGGGCUUACUGCCCCCUGGGCUGGGGAGCAGAGCCCCAUGGCAGGGUGUGGGCUCCCUGGACACCUGCGGAGCGUGUGUGUGGUUGGGGGGGGACAGCAGCUCUGCACGGGCAGUUUCAGAGCUGCCUGGGCUGUGGGGGGCCCAGUGCCCUGCAGGGCGGGCAGAAGUCGCUGAGCCUGCAGCCAGGGGCCGGGCGGGGGCUGGUGCCCUGGGGCGACCCGCGCGAGCUCCCCGCCCCACCGGGGUUAUGAGAGGUCAGAACUGUCGAUGGCGAUCGCGGCCCCUUUAAGAAGCCGGUCCCCGGGGAGGGGGCGUGGCACGUCUCGGCGUGACGCGCUGGCGCGUUACGUGAGGCGUACGUGGCAGUGACGUUGUACCCGGCCGGUGGGGUCUAGGUUGCAACGACCAGAGCUAGAUCCGCGUCUCGAUGAACUGCUGGGGAAGCCCUUUACAUCCUCCUCUGAGCUCAUAGGAGCCUGGACCCCUGUCUGGAUCUUGCAUCGGGGCUGCUCCUGCAUGGGCAGGCAGGGGUGUCUUGGAGCUGGCUGACUGCCUUGCUGCAGUGAGAGAUGUAUGGACCAGAGGAGCGCCAGGUUAUGAGCCUCAAUGAAUACGAGAAAACGCCACGGCUCUAAGAACACGGAUCAGGGUGUUUAUCUGGGACCUUCGCAGAUACAGGAGCUGCCCCCGCCUGCUGCCACCACUGUUGCCUCCUCCUUGUCAUUCCCAGACACUAUGUCGUGUCGUGAUCGCACCCAGGAGUUCCUCUCCGCCUGCAAGUCCUUGCAGAGCAGACAGAAUGGGCUGCAGCUGAACAAACCCACUCUGAACGCCAUGCGCCAGAGGAGCGAAUUCACCGUCAUAGCCAAGCGCAUCGGGAAAGAUCUCAGCAACACCUUUGCCAAGCUGGAGAAGCUGACCAUCUUGGCCAAGCGGAAGUCCCUGUUUGACGACAAGGCGGUGGAGAUAGAGGAGCUGACGUACAUCAUCAAACAGGACAUCAACAGCCUGAACAAGCAGAUUGCCCAGCUGCAGGAUUUUGUGCGGGCCAAGGGCAGCCAGAGCGGGCGGCACGUGCAGACCCACUCCAACACCAUCGUGGUGUCGCUGCAGUCCAAACUGGCCUCAAUGUCCAAUGACUUCAAGUCAGUGCUGGAGGUGAGAACGGAGAACCUGAAGCAGCAGCGGAGCCGGCGCGAGCACUUCUCCCGCACCCCAGUGCCCCUUGCUGCCAGCAACCUGGGCGGCUCCACGAUGCUGCAGGAUGAACCCCGGCGGGCGGGGGAUGUGGCCAUUGACAUGGACAGCCGGACAAGCCAGCAGCUGCAGUUGAUUGACGAACAGGAUUCGUAUAUCCAGAGCCGGGCGGACACCAUGCAGAACAUUGAAUCCACCAUUGUGGAGCUGGGCUCCAUCUUCCAGCAACUGGCGCACAUGGUGAAGGAGCAAGAGGAGACCAUCCAGAGGAUUGAUGCCAAUGUGGAGGAUGCCCAGCUGAAUGUGGAGGCGGCGCAUUCUGAGAUCCUCAAAUACUUCCAGUCAGUUACCUCCAACCGCUGGCUCAUGGUCAAGAUCUUCCUCAUCCUCAUAGUCUUCUUCAUCAUCUUUGUGGUGUUCCUGGCCUGAGCUGUCCCCUUGCACCUGCCCUCCCCCAGCACUUGGAGACCCCGUCCUGUCUCUGGCGGAGCCACUUGUGGACAUGUAUGCACUGGACUCUUAGUUCUCACCCAGGUGGGGCAGCCUGGUGCCAGAGGGGCUCUCCCUCCUCAUGAUGUGACCUGUGCACUCUGCUACAGCUCCGGGAACCCCCAGGCUGGACGUCCCAGGACUGAGUGAGGGCAGGCAGGUGCCUUGGUUUCCAUGUAUGAUAGUGCCAGGACUCUGCAGCAAAGGGUGCUGACACCAGUGUUGGAGGAACCUCUAGUGUUGGGACUCUCACCAGAGCCCACCUCACACCUCGUGUGGGGCUACCCCUCCCCCUAUCCUGCGCAGGGGCUCACUAGCUGUCUGCAGCCAGGACUAACUUCCCCCAUCCCGGCACUCAUCACCUAGCAGCUCUCUGGUGUGCAUGGGGAAGGGGUUGCCCCCGGACGUGCCUUUGCCAGCCCCGUGGGGCAUUUGGCUGAGUGACAGGUUAGCCCCGUGCCCCCCACCCCUAGUUUUAUUUUGUGUAUUUAAGUCUCAUCCUUCUCCCAUAGUUAUGGGGCUGCCCCAAGCACAGAGUCCCCACUCUGCACCCCUCCGUGGCCACUUGGGCGCCACUGCAGCUGGGGCUGGCCCUGACAGUUGGAUAGGUCUGGUUGUGUGGCUGUCAGUGCAGAGGGAGAGGUGGGUGUCUCCCACCCCCACUGUUGCUCUGUUGCCUAAGUAGCACCACGCACUGGCCUUCCCCAGAGAAGCUUCUGCUGCCAUAGGUGCUCUGAGCCCUGCGCUGAUGGCCCACUCUGGGAGGGGGGCAGCCAGCACUGGGUUCCUUGCACCUGAGCUGUGAUUAUGGCGGGGGCGGCAGAGCUCAGUCCCCUCCAGUGUGCUCCCUGCAGUGAGCUGUGUGUGGCUCCUUCCCUUAACAUCGUAGGAGGUGCUAGGCCUCACCAUCUCUCUAUGGUCUUGCUAAACCCCAACCCCUUAUGGGGUGAUACCCCUUCCCCCAGCAGAGUGGGGAGGGGCAGGGGCCUUAUUCCUCCCCCUGCUGGCACUCUUGCACAAUGUCCUGUCCAAUGGUUGAUGUAAAUAACCCUGCCCUGGCCUAGCCCAGGGCCCUUAGGGUCUGAUCAUGGUGGCUGUGAUGACCCUGCUGUGACCUCAGCUCCCCUUCACCCCCAGGAUUCUUCCCCACAAUCACCUGUCUUAACAUUCCAAUGUGGGUGCUGCCCCCUCUAGCUAAUGAGAGCCCCUUUGCAGUCAGGUGAUGGGGGAGACGCAGACCUGUGGAGAAGAGGAGGGGUGUAACCUGCCCCUUCCUGGCUGGGAGGAGUGAGCGCAGAGUCAGUCUGGAAAGAAAUUAAAGCUUGACUGUAACCCCA